AUGAGGAUGCGUUGCAGUAUGUUGUGUGUGUUGCUAUGCGUGGUGGUUGCUACGCGGGUGUCGACGGUGGGUUGCCAUGGCGAUCCGGAGUUCGCGUUGCGUCUCUACUCGUCGCUACGGGCGACGGAGAACUCCACCAACGAGAGCGGGACUCUGGAUCUGAACUCGACCAAUCAGAGGCCGAGUAACGUGCUGAUGUCACCGGCCUCCAUCGGUCUGGGACUCCGCCUACUCGCGAUGGGAGCGCGAGGGAACACACUCACACAACUCCACACCGCUCUGCCGCCUGACUUCCUGCAGCAGGGCAUCAUGGGUAACUGGAGUGCCGGGGGGUCGGGGGCGGGGCUUCAUCUCUCCAGCGUGCUAUUGGUCCAGAGCGGCCUGCCCCUACGCUCAGACUUUACCCAGCAUGCACUGCAGUGGGCUAACAGCAGCCUGCUGCGCCUCGACUUCAGCAGCAGGUCCACCUCUCAGAGCCAAUCAGGCGGCCGAUCCACCAAUCAGAGCCAAGCAGGUGGGCGGUCAGCGAAUCAGAGUCAAGCAGCAGGACGUUCCACCAAUCACAGUCAAGCAGGCGGACAAUCUACCAAUCAGAGCCAAGGAGACAGGACAGCAGCCAAUGGCAGCCAAGCAGACCAUGAUGGCAGCGGUGCGGAGGCGCUGCGCUGGCUGCUUGAGGGUUCUGGUUCGAGCGGGGGGGCGGGACCUGUUGCCGUGGUGACGUCUCUGGUGUUCCGAGGGGCGUGGCUAAAGCCCUUCCUGUCGAGCGACACACACACUCUCCCCUUCACCCUCCCCGACGGAACACACACUAAAGUCGCCAUGAUGCACCAAACCACAGACGUCAACUUUGGUGUGUUUGCGCGGUGCAUGGUUCUAGAACUCCCCUACUCUGGCCACGCCCUCUCUCUGACGCUGCUGUUGCCUAGCGACCGGAACACGCCCCUGUCAGCAGUGGAGGCGGAGCUAACUCCUCAUACUCUGGAAUUGUGGGAUGGCAGCCUCCGACGGACCAAGAUGGACGUCUUCCUGCCACGUUUCCGGCUGCAGGCUCGUCUGGAUCUGCGUUCGCUCUUGAUGUCGAUGGGAAUCACUGACGCCUUCAACUCCAAUACAGCAAACCUGAAGGGAAUGACAGAUGUGGAGGGUCUCUAUGUGUCGGAGGUUCUGCAUCAGGCCAGUAUGGAGGUCACGGAAGACGGAACCAAAGCAGCAGCAUCCACCGCCAUGCUGCUCCUGAAGAGGUCUCGAGCUCCUGUCUUCAAAGCAGACCGACCCUUUAUAUUCCUACUGAGGCACAUAAACACAGGAUCCAUCUUGUUUAUGGGACGAGUCAUGAACCCCACAGAGACAUGA